AUGAAGAGAAACCCAAGUGAAAGUUCAACUCGAAGUACAGCAGGCUGUUUGCCUGUACCAUUGUUCAAUCAGAAGAAGAGGAAUAGACAGCCAUUAACUUCCAAUCCACUUACAAAUGAUCCAAGUGUCAGUACUGCUUCCGACAGUUAUGAUUUCCCUCCUCUACCACCAGAUUGGGCCUGGGAAGCUGUGAAUCCAGAGUUGCCUCCUUUAAUGAAAACAAUGAACACAGGGGAAAUACCACAUUCAGUUUCUCAUCCUCUGAGAAGUCAAGAUUCUGUGUCUAAGUCUAUUCAAUCAAAUACUGAAAGAAGCAAAAGUCAUUGGAGCUACAGAGAUGGCAACAAAAAGACCAGCUGGAAAACUUGGGCUAGAAAUGAUGUUAGGCCUCAGUGCGAAAGAACAAACCUGGUGGCAAAUGAUGGAAUAAAUUCUUGUCCAAGGAGUUGGGGAACUCAACAAGGGAAACAGUUAAGAGUAUCAGAACCUCCUAACUCAUCUCACCAAAGAGAAACUGAAGUACUCAGACAAGCACAUUCCUCAAAAAUACCUGGCUCUACAAUGGGAGGUCUAGACAAAAACAGUGCAUUACAGGCAGUUAAGCCUAACUUUCAACAAAAUCAGUUUAAGAAGAAAAUGUUGGAUGAUAUUCCAGAAAAAAGCACUCUCCAGGGAAGCUCAUUAUACCAGUUAAAGCUUAAGGAAAAAGAUAAUUCUUUAAGAAUUAUAUCUGCAGUUAUUGAAAGCAUGAAGUACUGGCGUGAACAUGCACAGAAAACUGUACUUCUUUUUGAAAUAUUGGCUGUUCUCGAUUCAGCCGUUACACCUGGUCCAUAUUAUUCGAAGAAUUUCCUUAUGCGAGAUGGGAAAAAUACUCUGUCUUGUGUAUUUUAUGAAAUAGAUCGCGAACUUCCAAGACUGAUUAGAGGCCGAGUUCAUAGGUGUGUUGGAAACUAUGACCAGAAAAAGAAUAUUUUCAAAUGUGUUUCUGUCAGACCAGCGUCUGUUUCUGAACAAAAAUCUUUCCAAGCAUUUGUUAAAAUUGUGGAUGCUGAGAUGAAGUGCUAUACUGAUAUAAUGAAUGAAAUUUAA